AUGGCGCCUCUCACGGCUUUAUCUUCGCAUGAGCGGAAUCGCGUCGAAGAUUAUUUGAAUGACAAGAUCCAGGUCUCUGCCGAUCUUGAGAGUUUGGAUUCGCUAUUAUCGAGCCUCCGCGCGCAACAGGAGCUUCAGCGGAAACAGCUAGCAGAAGCCCACGAAGCAUUAUCUAGUGCAACAAAAGCCUCCGAUGACCAUGCUGAAGCCACUCGAAAGCAAGCCGAGGCAUUCACCCACGACCAAGCGGACAUCGAUCGACGGCUAAAGGCUAUCACACAAUCUGAGACCAGCGAUGAGGCAGCACGGAGUCUUGAAAAGAGCAUGGAGAGACUCCAACGGCUUGAGGUCUCUAAGGGAUACGUGGAACUACUCAAGGAAGCCGAGGAAUUGAGCAAGCAAGCUUUGACAAACCUUGCCUCCGAACCCCGCGCUGCCUUGAAACCAUAUUCCCGACUGCGAACGAUCGUCGGAUCACUGAAGGAUGCCCAACCUGCUGCUGAGGGAGCAGCCCCUCACCUCGUCGACUACACAGAGAAGCUGGCAUUUGCACUGAGACAGCAGAUGAAAGAAUACUUUGGCAAUAACCUGAAGAAGACGUUAGAAGAGCUGAAAUGGCCGACACGAGACUUGAACAUUACCGAUCAACUUCUAGCUCGCUGGCGACAAGACGUUGAGCUCUUGAUCGACCUCCAAGCACCGGAACUCCAAAAUCGUGAUGCAUUAGGAUCGGGUAUGGCUCUCGAGCCGCCGGUCUUGUUCCCAUUGGAGGUUAUGGUGCAUCCUUUAGAUCUCCGAUUCAAGUACCACUUCAGCGGGGACAAACCGACAAACCGACUUGACAAGCCUGAAUAUUUCCUCUCACAUAUCAUGGACCUGAUCAACCAAUACGGCGGGUUCUUUGUGUCCUAUUUGCAGCCUAUCCUCGACGAAAAAGCUCAAGCUCUAGGAUCGAGUCUAGACUGGAACUUCUAUAAUGCGUCACACAGUUUCAUUACGGCAUUGAUUCCGAUGCUGACUCGAAAAAUCAGCUUAUUCCUCCCUCAGAUCUCAAACUACCCUCAAUUACUCAGCCACUUCAUUCACGAACUGAUGAACUUUGACAAUGAGAUAAGGGAAACAUGGAACUAUCUACCAGAUCCAUAUGCUGAUGACAAUUGGAAGGGUAUGACGUGGGAAGUAUUGACAAGGCAGGGCUGGUAUGAUCGCUGGCUUCAGGUUGAGAAGGACUUUGCGCUGGCGCGAUACAAAGACAUCAUUGACACGGCAGACAGCGGAGAAAUUGAUUACGAUGGCAUGGAAAUCACGGCAACGAAACCAACCAAGGCUGCAAUCCGCGUGAAUGAUCUUCUCGAAACCAUCACCGAGCGCUACCAGCCUCUAUCGUCUUUCAGCCAAAAGCUACGCUUUCUCAUUGACAUCCAAAUUACAAUCUUCGACCAAUUCCAUGAACGCCUCUAUUCUGCUCUCGAAGCAUACCUUGCAAGGACAUCUACGCUUGGACGCACUGUGCAAGGAGCCGACGGGCAAGCCAGUGUGGAAGGUGUUGCCGGCCUGGAGCGACUCUGCAGGGUAUUUGGCAGUGCCGAGUACCUGGAAAAGAAGAUGGAGGAUUGGAGCAACGAUGUAUUCUUCGUUGAGCUUUGGUCCGAGCUUCAGGAUCGGGUCCUACAAAACCGAGACAGCGGUCGAAACGUGGCUGGCACUAUGUCCGUUGCCGAGGUUGCAUCGCGUACCUCCCCUGCUAUCACCAGCAACAAUAGUACACACACCGAGACCUCGUCAGACGGUGCUCUCUUCGAUGAGACGGCAUCCGCCUACCGUCGUCUACGACUCCGCUCCGAAACCAUCAUCACCUCUACCCUCUCUUCCAAUAUCCUUGCUGCUCUGAAGCCCUACUCUCGGGUAUCUACCUGGGCUACACUAUCGACCCCCUCUGCCACGGCGACGGCGUCCCCGCUUUCUCCAUCCUCUGAUAUCGCCCAUGCUAUGCGUACUUUGUCUACCCAACUCUCCUUCUUAUCUCACGCGUUGGGAACCGCACCUUUGCGACGAGUCUCGCGCCACCUUCUUUUAUCCCUUCAGACUUUUAUUUGGGAUAGCGUUUUGACCAAAAAUACCUUUUCUACUACCGGAGCGGCUCAGCUUGCCAGCGAUGUCGAUCACCUGUGUAACGUGGUAGAUGCUGCCCUGGGAGCAUCCAACCACGCAGGGAUCUCCAUGCGUACUAUCAAAAAGCUUACCGAGGGAUUACGUAUUCUUUGUUUGAGUGCCGCUGAGCAAGAGGGCGACGCCCCUGCAAAGCAUGAUGCGGCUUUAGGGCUGUGGGAUGUGGAAAAGAGGCUCUUCAGGGAUAACGAGAGCGCACGAGGCGUGCUUGCUGAACUGGAAAUUGACUCUCUGUCUGAAGCCGAGGCUCGAUCUGUGUUGGAACGCAGAGUCGAGAUUGGCAGUUGA